AUGGUCCAUUUGGGCGGUGUGGAGCUCCGCAAAAAGGAAAAAGUUCUGACCACUGCAGCACGAACUUCAAGUUUUCUUUUUUCUCCAAACGCAGACUCUCCGCAGAGCUCUUGCUUCGGGUUUUGGCCAGCAGCAGACGAGCUGGCUGCUGCUGAAGUUUCCCGCAGCAAAGAAGUAGUCAUUUAUUGCCCCGAUGCUGUGACAGCAGCGCAGCCGCCUGCUGCUGCAGCAGCAGCAGGUGCAGCAGCAGCAGGCGCGCCGGCAGCAGCAGACGCCGCUGCUGCCGAAGAAGCAGCAGCGGGUCCUGCUGCAGCAGCAGCAGCAGCAGCAGCAGCAGAAGACGCAGCAGCAGAAGCAGCAACAAUUCUCGAUGGAAGGAACGGCGCGCUUCGGCCGCCGAGCUCCGGCAGCAGCAGAAGCAGCAAAUGCAGGAACGGCAGCAGCAGCAGCAGCAGCAGCAGCAGCAGCAGCAGCAGCAGCAGCAGCGGCUACAGCCCUAUCGACAGGCAGCAUGAAGCAGCAGCAGCAGCAGCAGCAGCAGCAGCAGCAGCAGCAGCAGCAGAUGAUGAAGAAGCAAUUGAACCUGUUCAUAAAAAGUUCAAUUUUUUUAAAUGCUGCAGCCCUGACGCAGUAGCAGCAGCAGCAGAUCCCAAGAAGUCAUCCUGGUAA